UGAACAGGGAGGAGCUGUGGAACUUCGCUGCCAGACGCAAAUUCUUCUGCUGAUGACUUAACGAGUAACACGUCCACCAGGGGUGAACUGUGGGGCUGUUUAUAUGUAACAAUGGAGAGCUGGAAGAAUCAUGUGCGAGCUCGACUUCUUCACAGAGACGAAAAAGAGAAACAUCCAUAUGUUGGCGUUUUCACUAGAUUGUCUCAGCUGGAGGAACGAUUUGAAAUUCGCAAAUGGAUUGUGGAGGAUAUUCAAUGCAAAAGUUUGGAAAGAGCAGAGGUAGACGUUGGGAAAAACACCAAACUCCUUCAACUCCAGCUGAGAGAAAGUGAACACCUGGCAGACAAGCUGUCUCAAACUGUCUCAGACAUUACCUCAGUCUUGUAUGUGAAAGAAGCUGAGCUACAAUACUGGCAGUCACGUGUGUCCCAAUACCGCCAAGAGGCACUCGGUCUGGCUAAAGCAAAAAACAACUUAAAGGCAACCUUCUUGGAGUUUGAGUUCACCAUGGAGUGUCAGUCCAAAGAGUUGAAAGCCCUGCGAUCUGAGCAGAACAAACUGAAGGAGGCUUUGGAGCAGGCACAAAGAGACAAAGAGCAACUUGUGCAGCGAUGGAUCGAGGAAAAGAGUGCCGAAGCAGACCGGCUGAAUAAACACAAUGACAUAACAGAAAGGUGGCAACAUCUGGGCAAACAGCUGAAGAAGCACUUCCGCAGAGAGAGGGGAACCCAGUUUACGCCCACAUUUACAGUCGCAAUGAAUGGUGCAAGAGAAACAUCUCAGUCAGUCAUUCAGAGAGUCCAUGACACUACAGGGGACGCUUGGGUAAAAACAGCUUCUCGCCAUCAGAAAACGUCUGGUAUCGCACUGGGAUCAUAGACAUCAUUGUAGUCACAUUUCUUGAUCUGUUUGUUUAAAUGAAAGCAUCAAUAAAAUAAAAUGGGACAUAAAUGA